UCCGCCACUCCCUCCCUGCUGUCAGCCUGCAACGCCGUCCGCGCCCCGCGGCUCUGCAGAACUAAAUGUUGAUUGGCUGCGUUGUCGAGGGGGGAGACUGAGGGAUGAGCACCGCGGCGCCACCACCUCUCUGCGGCCCGGCUCGCACGCACUCGCUCGGGAGUUUCCGUCCCCCCAGCUCGGGUGUUUCCGGCCGCCCCGCUCCGGCCCCGCUCGGGUGUUUCCGGCCGCCCGCCGAGCCGUGCCCAUGUCGGACGCGCUCUCCGCCGGCUCCCGCCCCGAGCUCCCGGGCGGCGACACCGCGCCCCGGGACCCCGCAGAAAAUGAAGACUCAUCCCAAAAGACAGAGCCUGCAGAUCAGCUAGUUGAUCCUUUGGAGUCCAGUACUUCGCAGAGCGGGUCACAGGCUGGGCCACACCUGAGCACGGGCACAACAGAGCACUCAAAGGAAGAAAUUGGCACACUGGGGUACCAGAAAGUGGCUGAACUAGAGGAGAAGCUGCCUGACCAAGUCCAGUCUCUCAAAAAGGAAGCUGUUCCAUUAACCAGCUACCAUGUACCUCAGGGAGUAGGGGAUAUAGUCAUGAUUCAGUCAGAUCACACUGGUGCCGUGGAUAUUCUUUCAGCUGAGCUGGAGACCGCAGACCUCCUUGGGGAGCAGAGAAAAGCUCAGCCUCCCCCUCUGGCUGCACCCACCACGUGGACCACUGAGAAGAUGAAGGAAUUCAAAGCCAAGAUGGGAAAGGAGAAGAAUGGCCGGAUGGUGGUGAAGCGAGGCGAGGUGGUGACAGUCCGUGUUCCAACCCAUCCUGAUGGGAAAUGCAUUUGCUGGGAGUUUGCUACAGAUGACUAUGACAUUGGGUUUGGAGUCUAUUUUGACUGGACCACAGUUACUAGCACUGCCAUUACCGUUCAGGUCAGUGAAUCCAGUGAUGAGGAGGAUGAAGAGGAGGAUGAGGAAAUUGAAGGACUGUCCCCUGCAGGUGAUGUGGAACGGGGUUCCAAAAGCUAUCUGCGGAACCGCUAUGGAGAGAUCAUGCCUGUGUACCGGAGGAACAGCCACCGGGAGGUACAGGCAGGCAGCCACGAGUACCCGGGCGAGGGCAUCUACCUGCUGAAAUUUGAUAACUCGUACUCUCUGCUCCGCAAUAAGACUCUGUUCUUUCACGUCUACUACACUGGCUGAAGAGGAGGGAAGGGGCAAGGAUGGCAGGCAGGUGAUGGUGAGUGUAGCAGGCUGCCACCCAGCCCUGGUACUGCCUGACACACUACUGUGUGACAGAACCAUGGCACAAUUCUGCCAGCUCUUCUUCAGACUUGAACCUGAACUGGUUCUCCCCACACCCUUCUUCCUUCUUCCCGCUGUCCCAGGGGAGAAAGGUAGUUGUGACUGCCUGGUUGUUCCCAGGCAGCUGCUCUUUCUCCAAAACUUCAGGAGGUCUGCUCCAUGCAGGCAUUGGGCUGGGCCUUCACGUCACAGCUGGCAAUUGCGCAGAAGCCACAUUCAGGUGGUUGUGGUUCUGAUCUGUUGUGCUGUUACAAAAUGAAGUGAAAAUAAUCUGUUACUAUUUUGUGAAUAACUUUUCCAACUCUCCUGCUGCAUCUGCAUCACUAGAGGUCAGCUGUUAGCUUCAGUGAGCCAGAAGCACAGCUGGCUUGUCACUUAGCCAGGUUACGUAACCCCAUCACCUACCAUCGCUACAGCCACCAGCAGUCAGUGCUUCCUUCACUCACAUGAGUGGGUGGGAGUGCAGCUGGCCAGCAGCACCCUGUGCUGCAGUGACUUGGCAGUGCUACAACAGGUGGGCCCCAAAUAGCAGUCACAGCUCAUGCUUGAAGAGGGGGUGGGAGCAGGGUGCACACCUCAUAGUCCAUAGAAAGGCUUUUCCACAGACUAAGAAUUGGAUGUUGUAUCUGUUGAUAAUAGGCAUAUGUAGAUAAUUAAAACCUCAGCGAUUACCAGAAGUUUUUUCUGUAAUCCAGAUGUGAAGCAGAAGACAUUACUUAGCACCAUGCUGAAUGAAUACAAAAUCGUUGGAAUACAACUAAUAAAUACACAGGAAAUAUUUCUUAGUAGCAGGAUGUUGGUUCACUGAUAUUGCACCCAUAUGUAGCAAGGAAAAGGCUCCCAGAGAAAUGCAGUUUGUCAGCUGCUAUUGCUGUUGCAAAGGUAUUGUUAGGAAGUUUCUUGGCAUGUUUUGGUGACUAGUGAUGGUAUCAGUUAUCACCUUCUGCUUAAGUAGUGGCUGAGUUGAGCAAGGAAAAGUUAAUCCAUCAGAGAUGAAUUUUAAAACAUGUUAAUUGUUGUUUAUUUUAAUACUUUUAACUUGAAAUAGUUCUCUUUUCUAAGAAUACUGCUGUAUUUACAUUUUGAUACCUCUUUGCAGAGACAAAAAAUUACUUUCCAUGGUGAUACUAGAAAAGUUCUGAGUUUUAUUUUUAAAUCGUCCAGGUAAAGCACCUCUACUUGGUCCAUUCCUUCUAUUGUGAGGAAAUGAUGGACAGAAUUAUUUGGGGUAGUUAAAGCCAAAGAUUUUGCUCUCAUAGGAGGGCUGCGUAUUUCCUAUAAAGGGUAUAUUGUAAUGCUGUACAAUUUGCUCUAUAUUCAAGCUUACUUUUAACUAUCUCUGCUUACUGAUUCACUGCUCCAGAGCACUUAGUAGGUCAAAAUGGUAAGAGAGAAAGCAGUAGAGCAGCCCAAGCUGUGAGCAGGAGUGGAAAUUGGAAGAGCAUUGCUUGGAGAACAGUGGUUUUCUGGGCGAGUGGGCAAGGAGCAGAGUUGUUGCUGCUUUGGGCCCUGAGAUGGGGAGAAAACAGCCACCUUCCUCAAAAGAGAGAGUGUGUUCACCAGGAUUGGGGGGAACUGCAAAGCUACCUUAUUCAAGCAGGUCAAGCACAGGGAGACCAAACAGUAGGGCUUGGUAUCUGUCAGAGCAAGAUGCUCUUUCAGUUAGCAGCUUGGAGAGGGCUAUUCCUUCCUGUAACCUCUCAUGGGUGAAAUGAAGAAACAUCCUGUGGCCUUUAUACAGCACCUGAAUCAGGCCUGAACAAUUUAGGUAAGGUGUUGUGUUUUUUUUCCAUCCUUUGUCUAUCCAGUUCCUAGGUAUUGCUGAUGGAGUGACACACUUCACUUCUCACAGAGAAGUAGUAGUGGUUUGUUUGCUGAUAAAAAAAGCAUCAGUUUUCAUAACAUUUCAUAGUUGGUGUGUUGUGUAUAGCCUAGGAAAUAAGAGGCUGGAGAACAGCACUGCAGACAGGGAUCUGGGGGUCCUGGUUGAUGACGAGUUGAACAUGAACCAGCAGUGCCCUGGCAGCCAGGAGGGCCAGCGCUGUCCCGGGGUGUAUCAGGCACAGCAUGGCCAGCCGGGAAAGGGAGGGAUUGUUCUGUGCUGCUCUGCACUGGGGCAGCCUCACCUCAAGUGCUGGGGACAGUUUUCAUCGCCACAAUGUGAAAAAGACAUUAAGCCAUUAAAAACCAUCCAAAGGAGAGCCACAAGGAUGGUGAAGGGUCUGGAGAGGAAGCCAUGUGAAAAGUGGCUGAGGUCACUUGGUCUGUUCAGGCUGGAGGAGAGGAGACUGAGGGGAAACCUCAUUGCAGUUACAGCUUCCUCGUGAGGGGCGGGCACUGAUCUCUUCAAUCUUGAGACCAGUAACAGGACUCAAGGAAAUGGCCUGAAGCUGAGUCAGAGGAGGUUUAGGUUGGGUAUAAGGAAAAAGUUUUUCAUUCAGAUGGUGGCUGAGCACUGGGACAGGCUCCCCAGGGAAGUUAUCACAGCACCCAGACUGACAGAGUUCAAGGAGUGUUUGGACAACACUCUCAGGUGCAUGUUCUGAUUGGUGGGGUGUCCUGAGACAGGAGCUGGACUCAAUGAUCAUGAUGAGUCUCUUCUAACUCAAGGUACUCUGAUUCUAUGAGCCUUUUGUACCAAGUCACUGGAGAACACCCUAAAACUAUUUAUGAUCACACAAAAAACACUGGGCCAAUGCCAGAAGAAAAGUUGCACAUAGAAUACAGAAGUUGGUCGUGUCCCAGAGCAGUAAAAUCAGCCACAUACAUGUAUGGUCAAUGCCAGGGCUCUUCAGUCUGUUCUUCAGCCUCUGGGAAAACUUGGUGGUGUUGAAACUCCAUGGUGAAAUUUUGCAGGACUGUUGAAGGAAAUAAAAAUAGGAAUUACAUUUUUCCUAGAUGUUUCACUAGGUUGUUUCUUACCUUAUAUUUUAUGUUGUUAAUUAGGAAAAAAUACUUUCGUUCAUCACUCAAUGCUUGUCAAGGAAGUGUUUUUGUAAAAGUGGGUACAAGCUUAAGUCAAUCUGUGAACUCCAAAUUGUCACAAGUUUAUGGAAUUUCACCUAGUUCCAUUACCUAAAAGACUGCAUCACGUAAAAUCUUACAGUAGAGGAUUAGACUAAUAAUUUUCUUCCCACAGAUGAUGUAGGAAGUAAAAGAUACCAAGUACAUGGAAAUGGCAGGUUUAUUUAGUAAAUGCUUUAGCAACACAAGGCAGUCUCUGAAAACAAGGUCAAUGCUAGAAUUAACUGUCGCAAAUUGUAGGAGAUGGGACUAUACUUCUUUUCCAGCUUCAGUGGGUCUUACGAGAAAGAAGGAAGAAGGUCUGUAUCCUUACAAAUUAUGGUCUCUAUCCAUCUGAUACAGACUGUAACAGCUGAUGUGAAAGCAGGAAAAUUUGAGGAAGUUCAAUAAUUUAAAUUCAGACAGAAAUUCAGAAAUUCUCAAAAAUCUCUUGGCUCUUCAGGCCUUUAGACUCAGAAAAGUGUUUAAAUAUUUUUUUCUUAGAAAUGAGAUUUUUUUCAUGUGCUGUUUUAUAAAAUAAAUAAACAUUCCAUUAAAAGUUUAUUGAAAUUGUCAUUGCUAAUAAAAUUGGAAUUAUUGAAACCUCUAGAAACACUCUAAACGCAGUUAACAGUUUAAUUGUAUUUUGCACAACUAUUCAUACCCAUAUAGUAAAACAAGUCCUUAAAAAGCUGACAAGAAAAUCCAGCAGUAGCAGUUGAGUAUUAUGAAGACACUUCUGCAGCUCAGGCCACCUGAGUUACUCAUCACAUUCUGCAGUUGACAGUAUCCUUUCAUAACAGCUUCUGGUUUAAAGGAGAAUUGAGUUAGAAAAGCAAAUCACAAGGAAAUAUAUGUUUGGGGAUUUUACUCCCCUACCCUUUUUAAAGUGUUGGUUUGCGAAUAAUGAAAAUUACUGAUUAAAAAUGUGACAAGGAGAUUAAUGAAGCAUCAUUCAGAUAACAGGAUCAGUCAUGUCAGUCAGCUCACACACAUACAGUACAAAAUACUUGGACAGACAAGGACUGGAAGGCAGGGUUGUGCCAGGAACAUCAGAAAUGAUCAUGAUGUGGCUGCAAUGUGUGACUCCUCCAGUACUUACGGAUUACAGUACCCCUGUGCCUCAUGAAGCACUACAUGCAGCAGUAACUGUAGGAUGCCUAGUUCUCCUCAUAUGCUCUAAAGGCUGUUCUCAUGGCUUCCAAACCCAUCCCCUCUCCCUCCUCACCAGGUAUCCUGCACUCAGGUCAGUGCUGUGAACCAGGUGUAACCCAUCUCCAGCACACACAGCCCCACAGGCACAGCACCCCAGCACGUGUAACUUGUUUCCCACACAGCUCUGCAGGUGCAGCAGCCUGGUCUAGUUGAAGGUGUGCCUGCCUAUGGGAAAGCAGUUGCAACUAGAUUAUAUUCAAGGUCCAUUUCCAAUCCAAAACGUUCUAUGAUCUUAUGAGUAAAUGUGACAAUAAUUUAACAAGAGAUGAUGGCAAGGUAUACAUAAUGGUUUACUGCAUAGAGGGCAGGGUCAGACAAAACUGUCAGGGAGACCCUGUGCUGAGUCAGGAGGCUGAGAAAGGACCUCCUUAUUUCUUAAACUCCUUGAGAGGAAUUUAGGUGUGUCUGGAUCCAGACUUAGUCCCAGACUUGGCUAGCAGUUUACAUCUAAAGGAUUAUGUGCACAGUCAAUCCUGUAUCUCACUUAGCUAAGAUUUCAAGCUUUUGUGUGCUUUUAGCAUUUAGUGAGAAUUCACUAGCAAGGAAUCUCUCAGCCUCAAGAAGUUAACCCUAAGAGGCAUCACUAGUCAAGUGGAGAUCCUGGGGUACAGCCUACUGCCAUGCAAGAGACAGUAACAGGCCCUGGGCUGUCCACUGUUUAGAGUAAGAUGAUUGACUUACAGUCAUAUUUGCACACAGGCAGGAUUUUGGGUUUUCUUGUGUGGAACUGGUCCUAAGCUUUUGAGCAAGACUUAGGGCCCUUAACUAUUGUGAUCUUAUCUGUCUUCUCAGAGUCAGUCCUCCUGACCACCACUGGUGGCUGGCUAUUGCUUGAGCAGAAGUGGGAGGGGAGAGCACACUGUCCCCUAGGCACUAAGCAGAAGAUGGAAUAGACCCUUCAGUCUGACCACAGUGUCAGCAUUGUCCCACUCAGUGAUUGCUGUUGGUCCUUGGCUGUGAGACCUGCAGAACCCUGUGUGUGUGUGCUGGUUAACAUGUUUAGCACCUGUUUGGCACCUACUCUGCUUUCUAAUUAAGAUUUCUUUAUGUUGAAGGGAACUCUAACUUGUAUGUACAUGAGAUGUUCCAGAAUUGAUCUUCAGCUGCACAGCUUGUUGCAGGCUAGUGGGUUAUCUCCAUUUAAAACUGUACUGUAGCCUCCCUGUUCCUAGCUUGCAGCUACUACCCUCUUCUGUCUGUUGCUCAUAAUAAGAUUUGAAAUAGGUUUUGUCGUGUUUUAAAAAAUUAAUAAGGCCUGCCUUACAACCAGUUUUGAUCACUUGCUGACACAUAGAUAGUAUGUGCCAGUUUUCAAUCCAUUAGUUAAUGGGUUUUGGUAAGAUAAAUUGCACUGUAGGUAGAAAACCUAUUGUUCAGUUCCCUGCUUUCUGAAGUGUGGACCAAUCUUUAAUAAGGCUUGGGUCACUCUUUUGGAACUGUGCCCAUCUACCUGGUCUCAUUGAUUUAAGCCCAAAAGCAGCACUGAAUGUGGAAUAUCAUCCCAAUGAAUAUGUGCCCAGCCUGCAAAUGCAGCCUGCCCACAGGCCUGCUGCAGUGGAACUGAAAGCAUUUGGUGUGUGUUGUUUCACUGCUUAAGUUUCCCAGAAGUAUCUGGUAUCUUUUAUGAACACAAGAUAGUUUAAGGAAUAUUUAAUCAUCAGAAAAGCUUCACAGUUGUGCAGGAUAAUUCCUCUUUUUUUUUUUUUCAUUUUCUUGUAUUUCCCUAUGAUACAAGUAUGUUGUUUCUCAGGUAUUCAAAUAGCAUUUAUUAUCAAAGUGACAACUUCUUUUUGGAAGGAUAUGCAGUUUUUAAUAAUUUUGUGAUAAAUCAAAUAACUUGGCUGUGUGGCUAGUGAUUAACAGCAGCCAUUCCCAUUCAAUAUCAAACCCAUAGUUGUUUCAAAGAAAUAAUCUUAUUUCACAUGUGUAAUUUUUUCAGUUUGGUAUAUUUCCUGGAUUUGUGUUCAAUCCUGCUAGCUGGCUUAGGCUGUUAUGGAAACCCUUCUUUCUUAUUUAAAUAGACAUUUUUGGAAUUAGACCUUGGGUCAAGAAAGAAAAAUAAAGUUUUAAUUCAGUUGCACUUCAGAGAGGGAAAUUAAUCCUCAGGAAAGGAAAAUUUCUUCUUUGUUUCUGUGGAAGGAACAUUUCAAAUAGGUUUUUAAUAUAUCUUUCCCUCUGUCUCUAGAAAUUCAGAAAGCUAAAUCAAGGAAGAAGCUUCUUUUGCAUUUUGGCUUUGCUUCUGUGAAAGCACAAAUUGUUUUCCAUUUUGUUUUGAAUAUAAUUUAGAUCUAAAUAAAAUUUACCUGUUCAGUCAGAGAUAUAUCCUUUAGCAAAGGACUUGUAAAAAAAUUACUUUGUAUAAAUGUUUAGUUAUAAUAAUGGUACUAAUCUGUUUGAAAUUUUUUAUGUCAGAGAAGGUAAUAAGCUCUCCAUUGUUUUCUCUUUUGCUUUAGGUGUAAUGUAGCAGCAGGAGUUUAAAAUAAUUGAGAACAGAGAGUUAAAAUUGCUCAAAUCAAGGACCUCUACUGGUACUGCUUACAUUUACUCAGACUCUUUGGAGGCCUGUAAUACAUGUUCUCAGGAAAGGGUACUGGUGUCAGACACAGGCUUCUAGCAAAUUAAUGCUUGGGAUCCAUUUAAUAUGCACAAACAGGUAAGAUGAAAAUGUGCUAAGAGGAAGAGCUUAGUUACCUGACUUCAGGUGCUAAGAAAGUCAAGUUACUAUGCACUGAGUCUAGAAGGCAGCCACAUGCCUUUCUUGGUGGCUGUCAGUUUGUCUCCUUGUACCUGUGUGUGCAUGUAACCUCCAUCUAUGGCCAGCAGUGGGUCAGUUAUUGCAGUGCUGGACCUGGUGAGGUGAAUUUGAGGUUAACCUUAUUAUAGGUCUAGCUGCUGAAAGAUUUUGUUGUUCUUUUGGGGAAUUAGUUCACCUAAAUGAGUUCACUUUCAUCCCCACUGCCUAUACUCUUCCUUAUUGUCUCACUACCCCUAUUAAAGCCACUCUACAGAGAAUUUAUCACAAGGUGCCUUAGGAACAAAGAGCAUGUCUGAAAUAAGAACCAUAGGUGUCAUUAAUACAAGAGAUUUCUUAUUUCUCUGCCCAUUUGGGUAGGGGUGGUACUUGCUAAGGUCAGGCAGGGAGAGCCCCUCUAGGCUGUUCCUGGAGAUCUAAUCUGUUCAUAGAUGGACUUGUUGCUGUAAGAUGAGCGGUACAAUGGUAUUUGAGUUUCCUGGUGCCAUACAUUCUUUGCCUUCAUAUGCUGCUGUCAGAUGUCUAGGAACACCAGAGGACUAUUCCUUUUGAUAUGCUGACACUAAACCCAAGGACCAGAGGAACAUUAGAUAGAUAUUAGAAGAGUUUUUCUUAUGGCCUUUCAUAAUUUUCACUAAAAAGAGUGUUGGAAUCCUGACUUGUGAGUGCUGUGUUCUUAUGCAUAUUGAGUGUGGAUGAGAGACCAAAGCAACAAAGCUUUUUGUUUGGGUUUUUUUUAAUAUCUACAAGUGUAAAAGAAAAGACUAUUUCUCCUUUUCUCAUAUCUGGGAAAAUAUUGGAUGUGACAAUGUCAUGUAGAUGAAUGAUGAAUGUCACAACUGGCAGAAUGAAGAACUGAUUGUGUUAAGUACAUUGCUAAUUAGACUGUGAAAGAAGACAGGAGUUUAGCAAAGUGCUAAGGCAUUUAUCUAAAGAAGCUGAUUUGCAGUAAAUACCAAUUAAAUAAAAUUUUAGAAGGUACAUAAAAUAGCAGAGUUCAUAUGUAUAUCGCAAGGAGGAGAGUUUUCUGCGGGAAUAUUCCACAUUUGUCUGGAGACAGUCUCUGGCUACUUACUCUGAAACUUUGGUGCUGUUGCAGGUGAAGGCACAUCAGGCCAGGUGGAUGGUGGAUCUGUGUCUCCUUGACUUUUCUAGUUUCCAUUCUGUAUUUUACAUGUUUCUUUCUCAGAAUCAUUGUACAUUAAAUGUAGCCUUUAUUGGAAAAGGAGAAAGGAAGAAUUUUCUGAGACAUCAGUGAAGGUUAUCUGUUUUAAACCCAUCUGGACUGGUGAGUCAAGUCCCUUGGGCAAGAAGCAGGAUGCCAGCCACAAAAUUCAGAGCUAAGGAGACCUUGCCAAGUAAUGACCUUGACAUUUAGGAGCUGUUUACUUAUCAUUUGGAAAUGAUAAAUAGCUAGAGAUGGCCUCCCUGCAACCUCUAGGAUCUCCUGGGAACAGCUCUCCUCAGAGGGUAUCAGGUGCUUUCCACUCACAGCUCCAAGCCAUUAGCAACAGGCUUUCAAUGGGGAGCACCUUGUAGCUGGUCAUACCUUUUUCAAACCUAUGUUCUUGUGAACUGUGAUGGUUGUUUGUCAGUCCUUAUCUAUGUGAUGUGAAUAUUUUUGAUGUCCUGUGAUUUCAAAAUUGAGUACUCAGCACCAACUGUUUGCUUUUCAUGUGCUCACCAGGAGGUGAGUUUUAAAUAGAGAAGAGGAUAUUUAAAAAAAAAAAAAAAAAGUGGCACUGGACUCUUUCUGAAGGGUAUGUAUGAAGGCUAUAUUUAUAGUGUGCUUGCAUUCCUUCUAUAAUUGGUUUGUAUUGUUUAUAUUUGAUGUGUUGUGGUUGAUUUGUAGUAAUAUAUUGGAACAUACUCCCUUUAAAUAAACUUUUCACUAUGCAACCAAGAA